AUGACCCCCGCUAGAGGUGGAAAGUUGAUUGUCAGCAAGUCGAAACGAUGUGGACUACUUUUUCCCGUGGCUCGAGUUCAUCGCCUCCUGAAGUCAUCGAACAUUGUCCGCGCUUCGCGUGUUUCUCUUAUCUCCGCAGUAUACCUGACCGCUGUCCUCGAAUACCUCACCAGUGAACUAAUAGAUUUAGCUGGAAGCGUCACAAAAACAGCCAAGUAUAAAACCAUUUCGCCUCGAUUUAUUAUGCUAGCUGCUCACUCGGACGAAGAGCUCUUAAAGACACUGUCUGGAGUAACCAUCCCGUUUAGUGGAUCCUCCCCAUUCAUCCAUCCCGUUUUGCUUCCCAAGAAGAAACCGCAACGAAACAGUUUUUGCAAAGUCAAGGCAAAAGUUCUGCAUAGCAUCAAAAUGCCAUUUGGGCAAGUACUACAGAUACUGCAGACCGACAUUGCUGAUUUAAACGUCGAUGCUGUAAUCAACCCGACCAAUGAAAGACUCUACAUGGGUGGGAUGGUGGGUAGUCGCUUGAUGGCCGUCGGAGGCUCGAAAUUCGCAAAAGUCAUCGCUGACGCCAGGAGUGACAUUCAGCAUCUCCAAAAACUUGAUGCUUUUGUGACGAAAGGAACUGGUACAAAAGCAAGGAACGUGAUCCACGUAAAUGGUCCCGUCUGGGACCCAAAUAAAACAUCACAGAAUCUUUCGGAUCUUAGCCAGUGUAUACAGAACUGUCUCAAAAUUGCUGAACAAGUCGGUUUCACCUCAAUCGCGUUCCCCUCCGUUGGUAGCGGAAAAGCGAAUUUCCCCAAAGCGGUGGCUGCGGAGAUGAUAGUUGGUACGAUAAAGACCUUCCUUGCACAGCGGAAAACUAACUUACAUAACAUCUCCUUCGUCCUUUUUGACCAGGCUUCAAUCGACGCAUAUGUAUACGAGUUGAACCGAAACACGUAACGCUGACUUCUAGUAGUGCUCAAUUUUCC